CGAAGAAAUAUGGCGCCUGUAUUUUGGCCGAACUGCAUCGCAUCUGAAGGAUAGAUAAAGAUAAAUAAGAAAUUAAUGUUUUGAAUUGUUAGUAAAACAUGAAUAUUUUACCCAAGAAGAGAUGGCACGUAAGGACGAAGGAAAAUAUUGCCCGUGUCAGACGGGAUGAAGCGAAAGCUGCAGAAGAGGAAAAAGCAAAGACAGAUCGAAUUCAGAAAGCUGAGACCGAAGCACGGAUUAACUUUCUAAGAAAUCAAGCGAGGAAAAAUUAUGAUGGCCGAGAAGAUGAAUUACAAAGUGUUCCGAGUACGUCAUCAGAGAAACUCGAGCAUGUAAACUUCUUUGCGGACCUAGAAGAUGGGAAAAUUGAUUACAAUAAACCUAAUGCUGAACAUGAACGAGAGAAGAAAGAAGAGAAAGAGAAGUAUGAAAAACAAAUUGGAUACUUAACUUACCUCGGUCAAGACACCAACGAAGCGACAGGAAAGACAAAUUGGUACGAUGAAUUACCUAAAAGGCUUACGGAUACAGAAACAAAAGUGGAAGUUGAGAUAAAACGUAAAUCUUUUGACGAUCCUAUACGAGAUAUUAGAAGAUACAUGAACAUCAUGCGCUCAACACCUGAAGGUAAUGAUUCAAAGAUAAAAGAUAGGAAGAGAAAGAGGAAUCGUAGGCAAUCGGAUGAUUCUGAUUCCGAGGCGGAAGGGCAAGCCAAAAAGCAAAAUAAACAAAAAUCCAAAAAGCAUGAGAGCGAUAACGCGAAAUCAGAUUCACAUGAUUCUAAGCCAAAAGCAGACAUUGAAAAACUAAGGGCACAGAGAUUGCUAAGAGAACAAACCGAAAAAUUAAGAACAGAAGCAUUAUUAGCAAAAUUACGGGGCGAUCCAUUACCUGUUUCUCCCAAGGAGAUACCGAAACCUCUUAUAAAGCAAAAAUAUAAUUCUCAAUUCUGUCCGGAAAUUGCACGACAAAACGCAGAACGUACACCCAGGCGUUAGUAAUUAGUGGAAACGAUUUAACAUUUAAUGUUGAUUUGUAAACAUUUGUAUAUAUUAAAUGAAUUAGUAUUGAUAUAUGAUACUAUAUUUUGUUAGAAUAUGUAAAUCGUUUAAAUAUUAUUUGAGGUAUUCAUAGGUAUUAGAUUUUAGUGGAACAAUCGUGAAUUAAUAUAACAAAAUUCAAUUCUAAAAAAGUGAAAGAGAUGCUUUGUGUUAUACCGGGCGGCAUCACGUGACCCAAAAUGGCUGCGUUUAGAGGUUAGCAUGUACCCGAUUCUACAAAUGAACUGUUUUUUUCUGCAAGAA